AUGGCUAAGUCAAUGCCGACAUCCACAUUUCAAUCACCAACAAUUUCUUCAAUUCCAACACUUCAUGCUUUUGAUUGUCAUAGUAGUACUUGGCAAUCUUAUCGUGAUCGCAUUAACUUUUAUUUCAAAGCAAAUCGUAUUGAAAUCGAUGAAGAUAAAAAAGCUUUGUUUUUAUGGUCUGUUGGUGAUCCAACUUAUAAUUUACUAGAGUCAUUGAUUUCUCCACGAUCAUUGACUGAUGAUGAUACUAAAUUCACCGAUGUAAUUAAACUAUUAGAUGUUCAUUAUGAUGCAACAAAAAGCAUAAUGACUUCUACAUAUGAUUUUUAUUCCUGUUAUCAAAAAUCAGGUCAAACAUUUGCUGAAUGGAAAGCGGAGUUAUGUGAAAAACUUCGUCAUUGUGCUUUUACCAUGUCAGCUUUACAUCGUAGACCACAAGAUCGUGCACUUCGUGAUAUGUAUGUUAUUGGAACUAAAAGCAAUAAAGUUCGACAAGCAUUACUUAAGGAACAAGAUCCUGAUUUAGAAACAACAGAAAAAAUAAUGCAAUUAGCUGAACGAUUGGAAGAAGAUGUUCGUCAUUUUGCUGCUUCAAAUAACCAUAAUGAUUGUACAGUGGCCAAGCUGCACAACCAUCAACAAAAACAAAAACAACCAGAUCAUUAUUCAUUUAGAAAAGAGAACAAGAAGAAAAUAACAUAUAACGAGAAAGGAAAACAAUCCUUAACAGCCAUAUGA